GCGUCGCGUAGACGAAACCCACAGUAGAAAAUGGCAACCAAGCAAGCUGCGGCCCGAGCAAAGACGGCAGCGCCGGCGAUCACCGUCGCACAAGAACUGCACGUUGAUUCUGACCUACGGCGCCUGCUCGAAAGAUGCGCGGCGUUCGGCGAGCAGUUUGCCCCGUUCGCGAAGCGUGUGAAGGCGGAGCUGCUCCGUGUCAAGGAUGGGGAACAGACCGGCGUGCCGCAAAUCCCUCUUUUUGUGCGCGGUGAAAUAGCACUGGCUGAGCUGAAGGCCUUCUGCAACGACGCGCUCCAGCCCUACCCGUACCUGCGCGUCGUUCAGCUGCACCACAGCCUGAUCGGCGACGAUGGCGUCCUCACGCUGUGUGAGUUUCUGAAACGGUACGAACCCCUACCCGAUCGCAACCCGUUUGGCAUUCAGCGUCUGGAGCUUCCCGGCUGCGCAAUCGGCUCUCGUGGCUGUCGGCAGCUGGGCAACUUUCUUAGCAACAACGCGACAGUAGAGAGGCUCGUCCUCGACUUCAAUCCAUUGGGAGACGCUGGUGUGCAGGAGCUCUGCAGCGGCCUGCGGUGGAACAGCGCCGUCACUUCUCUUUCUUUGCAAUACUGCGACAUCGGCCCAGCAGGCGCCAGCUAUCUUGCGUCACGUGUGGUGAAGGAAUCGAACGUUUCAACGCUGUCGCUGCGCGGAAACCACAUCGGCGACAGCGGCGUGGAUGAUAUUGCAAAAGCAAUUUGUGUGACAUCAAAAAUUGCGGACCUCGAUCUCGCAGACACCGCCUGCGUUGGCAACACGGCGACCGUGAUUUCUCUCUGUGAGGCCAUCGAAAGCGCAGCGACCCUACGCGUGGUUGACCUCGACAUGAACAUGCUCACGUCCGGCGUGUGUGAGUGUUUGCUCAAGUCGCUUCAAGCAAGCAAAUCUGUGACUGCGCUCCGUGUAAACGAGCGCACCGAUCCAGUCAUCUACAAGCAGAUUGUCAGCAUUUCUGCGACGCGGUCUUCCGCCGGAAAAGGCAAGAAGAAGGGUAAGAAAAAGGAGUAG